ACUACCGGCGAACACCAAGGUACACACAUAGACGCCCCGAACCAUUUCGGCAAUGGUCGGCAGGCACUUGAUGAGAUUCCGCCUGAAAGGCUAAUUGGUCCUGGAGUAGUAAUAGACAUUCGCAACAAGGUCAAGAAUAACCCUGAUUAUGCAGUAACUGUACAAGAUAUUCUUGAUCAUGAAGAUGAAUAUGACAGAAUACCUCCUAAUGCUAUAGUUUCAUUUAACUCCGGCUGGGCACAAAAGUAUCCGAACGCAAAUCUGAUAUUUGGGACGGAAAAUACCUCCGAUCCUACCACAUUCCACUUUCCGGGUUGGAGUUUGGAAGCAUGUAAAAUGUUACUUGAGGAACGUCAGGUGUCCGUGCUUGGAGUAGAUACACCGUCAACAGAUCCAGCCUAACCACCAAUGUACCCAUGCCACAUGUAUCUCCAGCCUAACAAUGUGCCGCUACUAGAAUACAUGGCCAAUCUAGAUAGUAUUCCGCCACGUGGUACAACCAUUGUUCUCGGGGUUCCCAAGGUUCGAGGUGGCACUGGGGGCCGACCAGAAUCUUUGCUCUCAUGAACGAUGACCAGGAACAAGAAAUCACAUCGAAUUCAGCAUCAAGGAAUUUCAUGUCUGCAAUUGUCGGUUUAAUAUAUCUAAAUGUGAUCACAUUCUGUUAGAACGAAUGUAACGAUGGGUGAACAAACAGAAUGGGUACGUAUGUUUACCCACAAUGAUAGCAAGUAUAUAAAGCAUGAAAAUCUUAGUCGCAGAUUCAAAUAUCGUUUCUGAAUUACACUAUGAAAAAAAACCCGUCCACCAUACUCUGUGAACUAAAUAUUCUUAAUAAAUGGAAAUAAAGUUAUGUAGUAGGGAUCAUUUUAAAUGAAUUGUAGAGAAAAAUGUCCAACCUGCAAUUGUUUCUGAUAUAUUGCACUUAGACUAUCAUGCUUAUAUAUUUAUUAGUUAUUUUACAUAUUGUCCUUCCGAUAUUGGAUGAAGUCAUUUUCUUACGUAAAUCCUUUGUACCCACGUAGGCCAAACAUGUAAAAUUUAGUAAAAUCUUUGAUUAAAAAAUAAUGUUGUAAACAGAUCUUUUAUAUAUUAUUUAGUGAAUAGUUGUGUAAGUAUUAAACACUUAAGACGACAUAUGUUUUUUAUUCACCGGAUAACUAUACAUCUUUCAAUAUAUUGACAGGCGAACCUUGAAAAAAUGAUUAUAUAUUAAUUAUAACCGUAGCCUUGGGUGAUGUAUUUGGCUAUAAUGUAUUUGCCCAAAACUUGAACAACCGUGGUGCCCAGGCUACUGUUGAAAUGACUUAAUUACUUAACACAUACAUAAUAAGUAUUUUCAAGAAAUACCGUAACAGAAUAGACAUACUUUCAUUUAGUACGCCCUUAAAAACGUCAUGACUUCAUUUUUGUGUAUGCUUUGAUUAAAAAUAAACGAGUCCUGUAACUUUCCUUUUCAAAAUUGGACACUAUCAACUUCACCAAAUUUAUUUCUUUAUCAUCUGGAAUAUAAUGACCUACUCAAUUUGGAAUGAUUUGUUGUAAACCAAAUGCAUUUCUGAUAUGAGAGCCGUUUUUUUUUUUACUUUUU